GUCCUGGCAGCACACCAGUUCCUUAUUUAAGUAAUUCCAUUUAGUUCCACCCGGGUCCCUCCUUCAGUGUUGGAUCAUUCUUCCGCUUCCUUUCGAGGCCGAUGUGUCAUGUGCUGUUUUGGGUUGAACGCCUCUUUGUAAGUAAUAAUUUGUGUUUUACUUACAUUCCGCCUGCCGUUCUCUGCAUCCUUUGGGGUCAACGCUCAUCACACCAUGACAGAAUGAUCCAACCCCUCCCUCCAACACUUCCCCGUUGUCCGUUGGACUCUUUGGAUGUCUGGGAUCCGUCAUUUGGGUGGGCGGCUAAGGUCAGCUUUGCGACAGGGGAGGCACAGCUCUCAUCUUUCCCAGUGAGACCACCGCAGACGCAGGUGUCAAACCCGGUGGGCCUGCGGGUGGCGCAGUCAAGCCCAGUGGGCCUGCGGUCGCCGCCGUCAACCCUGGUGGGCCUGGGGACGCGGACGGUGCAGCUGCCUGGUGGGCCUGAGGACGCCGACGGUGCAGCCGCCUGCUGUACCAGCUCUGCAGAAGCAGACGGUGCAGCCGCCAUCUUCUUCGUCGUCUGCUGCUGUGCAGCCGCCAAUCUUCUCCGUCAUCUCCAACAGGCUCUUCGCCGCCUCCACGACCUCCAGUUUAUCGGUCACACAAGCAGCUAUGCCAAGGACCUGGGCCUGGACGACUGCAGCUGCUGGUCCACUGUGGCCACUCGUGUCUGCCUUCUCGUUGGCCACAGAUGUUGCCAAUACGUGGGCACCUACCUCGCCAGAUGCAACGGCUUUUACCUGACUCUUUCCCGUUGGCUGUGGGGGCACAUGGCAUGAACUGAUGGUCGGCUUUUUAAGGCAGGGGCGCACCCUCCGCAAUUUCUCCCUGCACCCUCCCUUGGUUUUGGACUUUUUGCGCCGCCUUCUGCCCGAUUGUAACUGAGAUGGACACCAUUGCCCUCCGUGACCUCAAAGGGAAUAAGCGGUAAAAAAUGGAUGGAUGGAUGCGUAAACAUCUGUAAUUAAUUGUGUGGAUGUAUUACAACUAAACCUAUUUCAUUUAUGUAAAAUACACAAUGGACUGUUUAUUUCAUGUUUAUAUUUUCAGUCUUCCAACCCUAAAUAAAGGAAGAGUAAAGAAAUAAAACUGAGGACGGAAAAUAAUUCAAAAAAAGGAACAUCAAUCCUCGA